CAUGGCAGGAAGCUGUUUGUGUACGUCUGUGGAAAGCUGAAGUUUGAACUGUUUUCUUCUUCUGGCCUUGUUUGAUGAAGAUGGUGUGUCAGUGACUCUGAUGAAGGAAGAGUGAUAACUGGUACUUCACUUUGACCAGUCGAGUGCUGAGCUGCUAAAUUAGGAGUGGUCAAGAUGAUGAUGUUAGUCUACUUCACGUUUGGGGCCCUGUCCCUUCUGUGUCUGCUAUUCCAGUACUGGGCUCACCGCACCCGUCGUAAUGCCACGGUCGGCAACAACCCGCAGUUCAUCAAGUUUCAGCGAGGCUACUUCGCUGUCUAUCUCGUGGCCAUGUUUGCCGACUGGCUGCAAGGACCGUAUCUUUAUAAGCUCUACAGCUACUACAACUUCAAUGAGCAGCAGAUUGCAGUCCUCUACGUUUUUGGCUUUGCUUCUUCAGUCAUCUUCGGAGCCUGGACACCGAUUGCUGCUGACCAGUUUGGUCGGAAGAAGUUGUGUAUUUUCUUUACAGUCGCAUAUUCGGUGUCAUGCUUCAUGAAGAUGUCUAGGAGUUACGGCAUUUUGUUGAUCGGUCGCCUUCUUGGAGGUUUGGCCACGUCGGUUCUCUUCACAGCUUUCGAGGCGUGGUACAUCCACGAACACUUGGAGACCCACGACUUCCCCAAGGAGUGGAUUCCCAUCACUUUUCAGCGGGCGUCCAUGUGGAACGGUCUCCUCGCCGUGACGGCUGGUGUCACAACAAAUAUCUUCUCCGAGUGGAUGGCUUUGGGCCCCGUGGCCCCUUACAUGAUGGCCAUCCCAUUUCUUAUCUUUGUCGGAGUCAUCAUCACCACACACUGGAAUGAGAACUACGCCAUGCAUAAGAUCAAGUUUGGCAGGUUGUGUUACGAGGGUCUCAAAGAUAUCAUCACCAACCGACGCAUUUUCCUCAUCGGAGCGAUAGAGGCGCUGUUUGAGAGUGUGGUCUAUAUUGUGAUCUUCCUUUGGACUCCCAUCCUGGAGCCAGGCCAGCCUUCGUUGGGCAUCGUGUUUUCCUGCUUCAUGGUCUGCAUUCUGAUUGGUCAGGCCGUAUUCCAGAUCCUGACCUCUCGGGGCGUGGCCAUCACGAAAAUACUGAUGUUCGUGGUGAUUCUCUCCCUUCUGUCUAUCCUCACUUGCGUGUACUCCACCCACCCGCGCACACGUCACCUGAACACCUCGCUCGUGGCCUUUCUCUGCUUCCAGUUCUGCGUGGGCCUCUACUUCCCCGCCAUGAACGUGCUGAGGGUGAAGGUGAUACCAGAGCCGCACCGCUACGCCAUCAUGAACUGGUUCCGCGUGCCCCUCAACCUCAUCUCGUGCGCGGUGCUCAUGCUGCUGCACGAGGAUGCUUUCCUGCACGGCAAUCAUCUCAUCUUUGUGGUGUGUCUGGGGCUGCUGGGUCUGAUGCUCCUGGCCACCUAUCGGCUCAUAAAGAUCCCGCGACCACAGGAGGAACUGGACGAGGAAGAGGGCAGCGGCCUGAUUUUGAUGGAGACGGAACACAUACACAACAUCUUCUGAUCUUGAUGAAGCCAAAAUACGUACACAAGCAUCUUCUGAUCUUGAUGAAGGUGGAAUACAUACUCAGCAUUUUUCUGAGAACUUUAGUUUUCAAGAGGAAACACAUGAUUACAUAAUAUAUUUUCAGAGUACUUUUUACGUUCUGCAGUGGAAUAUAUGAUCGGAAUCUGAUUUCAAAUCACACCAAAAAAGUUUUUGUUUUCUCUUUCUGCCUCUCACUUAUUCAUUUACAAAAUUACAUGUUUUAAAAAUUUACAUUCAUGUAUGAAAGCUGCAGGAAAGAGAAAAUCAAUCUACAUUGUGACACCAUUAUUCUACAUCAUAAAUGAACAUCGUAACAAGUAUCCGGUUCAGUUGUGAAACAGAAAAUAUUAUAAUAUUAGAGCGCUCCAAACUUUGUCUGUGUUUUUGUUUACAGGCAACCUUCAGUUAUGUGAAAAGCAGAGUUCACAGAUAAGACAAAUACAAAGGCUGCCAUCUGUGUGUCGUAAACGGUUCCAUGAAAGAAUAUAUAUAUAUGUGUGUGUGUGUGUGUGUGGAGUGGGAAAAGGGGUGUUUGGGGGGUGGUCAUAGACAAAAAGAUUAUAAAAUUGACCCUCAGCAAUUUAUACAUUUAAAAUGAUUAUCGUAAA